AUGCGUUUUGCUUUUUGCUUGAUCUCGUCACUCCUUACACUGAGCUCUGCCCUCGGGGUCUCUGUCCCUUCCAAGCGUUCGCGGGCCACUUCAUGUGUCAACAGCCCCAACAACCGGAAAUGCUGGGGCAAAGGUUUUGAUAUCACAACCGACUACUACGAAAAUGUCCCUAACACUGGAGUGACACGUGAAUAUUGGUUCAAUGUCGAGAACGGAACAGCUGCCCCAGAUGGAGUUGAAAUGCCCGUUCAACUCAUCAAUGGAUCCUUUCCGGGACCUACUAUCAUUGCGGAUUGGGGAGACAACGUGGUGGUGCAUGUCACGAACUCUCUCCAGAACAACGGUACAGGCAUCCAUUUCCACGGCAUUCGACAGAACUGGACAAGCCAUAUGGACGGUGUUCCCAGUAUUACCCAGUGUCCCAUAGCCCCUGGUGACUCCUUUACAUACAAAUGGCGUGCCACAGAGUAUGGGACCGGAUGGUACCAUUCUCAUUUCUAUGUCCAAGCUUGGGAUGGUGUCUUCGGAGGGAUCUUAAUUAAUGGACCCGCAACCGCGAACUACGACGUCGACCUUGGCCAUGUCUUUUUGAAUGACUGGUAUCAUACCACGGCUGAUCGAUUGGUCCUGCAAGCUGCUACAGGAGGCCCACCAACUGCCCCCAAUGGCCUCAUUAAUGGAACAAACACCUGGAACGACUCGGGUUCUCGUUUCCAAACCGUUUUUGAAGCCGGCAAACGAUACCGCAUGCGCGUGGUAAAUGCCGGUGCCGAUCAACAUUUCCGAUUCAUGAUCGACAACCACACAAUGGAAGUGAUCGCAAACGAUUUCGUUCCCAUCCACCCCUUCAACGCCACCCAGCUCAGCAUCGGAAUGGGUCAACGAUAUGAUAUAAUUGUGACCGGAAAGCAGCUACAAGAAGGAAACUUCUGGAUGCGAGCAAUCCCACAAUUAUCCUGCAGCGAGUCAGACGCGACCGACAAAGUCAAGGGCAUCAUUCGAUAUGACAGUUCCUCCACUGCCGAUCCGACUACAUCUGCGUAUAGCUAUACUGACUCCUGUGCGGACGAGGAUCCCUCCGAUCUCAUCCCAUAUCUGAAGCUCGAUGCGGCCAGUACAUAUGACUAUAAGACAGGAGAGAAUGUGGAGGUCCAGGUAACCGACAACGCCUUGCUUUGGCUGAUGAACCGAACCUCGUUCCACACGCAAUGGGAAUACCCAUCCUUGCUACAAGUGGCUCAGGGGAACGAUACCUGGCUUUCCCGACAGAGAGUCAUUACUCUUCCAGGAGCUGAUAAGUGGGCUUAUCUUGUCAUUCAUUCGCCAUUCGCCCAAGAUCACCCGAUGCACAUUCAUGGUCACGAUUUCUGGCUCCUUCAAUCUGGCUACGGUAACUUUGAUAGCAGUAUGGUUGACAGUCUGACUCUGGUGAAUGCUCCCCGUCGAGACGUCGUCAUGCUUCCUGCCAGUGGCUAUAUCGUACUUGCUCUGAAGACUAACAACCCGGGCGUUUGGCUCGCUCACUGUCAUAUUGCAUGGCAUACUUCUGAGGGCUUUGCAGUUCAGAUACUGGAAAGAGAAUCCGAGAUCCCAUAUAACAUGACAUCGUUGAAGUCGACUUGCUCCAAUUGGGACGCCUAUGUUAAUGCUGAUGAUGUCAAUCAGUAUGAUUCAGGAGUUUGA